AUGAGGAUAUUAUACACUAUACAGCCGUCGACUGAAAAGCUCGAAGACGUUGCUGUCUUCGUUGGCGAUGUCAUCAUGGUGGUCACAGAUUAUAACCGGUCCCAUGUUCGGCGAGCUGCCGUCGCGGAAGAAUUCUGCGACGUCCUACCGACUUCCGGUGACUUCCAACCCACUUCCUGUGACGUCCGACCAGAUUUCGGUGACGUCGUCGGACCCGCUUCCUGUGACGGCCGACCAGAUUUCGGUGACUUUCAACCCGCUUCCUGUGACGCCGGAUUCACUUCCGGUUAG